UCAACAACUCGCUCGCGGAGUGUUUGCUAGCCAGCAGCAGGAGAAGAGUAGAGGGCUAUCUGUCCCAUCGUCGGUCGUGUCUGUCCGGAAAAUAGUGUUCUUUUGUGCGUUAAUUUUCCCCGGAAAAGUGACUGAAAUCCACCCCGGGUGGAGUGAAAAGCGUGCUCCGGUGCCGUGGCCACCGUUUGCGACAGCACGUUGGACCAGUGCGUGCGCGUUUGGACGUGAAAAUCGUGCGGGAAAAGACGGUCGAUUUUCGUUCAAUCGUCCGUUCUGUGAGGAUUGGAUUUUUCGCUGUCGGUCGCCCUGCUGGAGUGAGAGGGGGUGGGUGGAAGAACAUCAGUGCAGUUUGUGAGAGAAGGUGAAAAGGAGCGGAGCGAGGCAGUGAAGAAGAGAAGAGAUUUGCCGUACUCUAGUGGUGCAAAACCGGAGCGCCCAGGAGAGGGAGUUGUGAGCCGUUCGUUGUGUUAUUUCGCGGUCCGCGAGCCGUGCAGAGUGGAAUUGUUUUUCGGCAUGAGUUAUUACCCCAUCACGACGGCGGCCACGUCCAUGGGAGAGUUGUAAAAUGUUACUGCUGGGUUUGCGCUGUUGUUGUUCCAAGUCGUGAAAAAUCGUUGCCAGCCUCCGUAGUAGGCUGGGCUAGUCGUUGUUAGCCUGCUUGGAUGGAAUUAUUCGAAAAAGAAAUAAUCUGUUUGAAAUAGUGGAAGCAUGUUUUGAUAAUUGAUACGAGAGGUGAUUUGUGUGCGCGAGCGCAAAGUAGGCUGCGCUGCGCUUGGCCAGGGUUGCUUUGAUUCGAGAGGUAUUGGCAGUGUGAUUAUUAAUAGUGCUGCUUCUGGUUUGUGAAGUGGGAGAUUAUAUUCCGAGAAGAAGACAGGCGGGAUCCGGUUGGAGAAGAAUACUAAGAGGGGAAGAAGCAUGGAAACUGUGAUAGCUUCGGUGGUCGUCGGAAUAGAUUCUUCGAGGGUCGUCAUCGUUGACGGUGGGCGACAGCAGAAGCCGAAACUGAAACAACGACAACGGCUACAACAAAGCUAAUGAGCUGGUUGCCGCACAGCGCUGUUGUGGAUCAUCUCCAGGUGGAUUCCUGAAGAGUUCACUCACUCGGACUCGAGAGAGCCAUGCCACCGUCACCGCCGCCGACGCCGCCAUGCUGUUGCCUACCGGGGCGCGGUUGCCACUGAAGAAGCGCAAGAAGAAGCCCGCCUCCUUCUGCAUCGCCUAGAUAAAGAAUGAAGAGAAGAAUAAAAAUAAAAUUAAAAAUUAAGAUAAUAUAAACGAUCAUCAUCAAGAAGCUCAAACAUCGACCGCAAAAAAAUAAAAACGAAGAGCCAAGAUCCAAGACUCUGAAACACAAGAGAAGAAAAAAAAACGAACAGUGAAGAAUCCAGUCGCAAAGUGAAAGAACCCUAAACUAGCGCACAGCAGCGCAGCACAGGAGAGUCAACUAUUUGCCGCGCGGCUCUCUUCGUCAUCAUCAUUUUUCAUCGGUUCGCGUUGCGCUGUGUUGCGGUCCUCCCCGUCGUUCGAUCCCCUCGAUCAAGUCGGGUUCGGGACAAACCUGCGUGUACCGAAGAAAGAAAGAAAAAAAACGGUGAAAGAAUUGUGUGGAGCGACAGAGCGACCUGUUGUGUUGUGUGUGUUCUGAUUAGGAAGAACCGGGAAGAAAACUACAACCGAUAAUAUGGAUAAAUAUCUGCCGCUGCUCGUGCUCGUAUUCUACGUCCUCAACCACAAGCUGGAUGGCGUGGCCAGCGAUCAAGUUGUCCUACUUGAUACCACGAAGGAGGCGACGCUGGAGUGGACGCGGUACCCGUAUGGGCCGCAAGCGCAGACACCCGGGUGGGUGGAGGAAUCGUUCACCAACUUCGUGAAGGGUAUCAACUGGCGGAGCUACGUGGUGUGCGAUGUGGCGUACAACAACGUCAACAACUGGCUCUGGUCGCCGUUCAUCGACCGGGGCCCGGCCAAUCGGCUCUACAUCGAGAUCCACUUCACCAUCCGGGACUGUUCGCUGUUUCCGGGCAAUGCCCUAUCGUGCAAGGAGACGUUCAGCUUGCUGUUCUACGAGUUUGACGCAGCGACGCGGGAACCGCCUCCCUGGCAGCCGGAGAGCUACAAGCUCAUCGGGCGGAUUGCCGCCGGCGAGGGUCGCUUCAACCAGAACUCCGACGUGGACAUCAACGUCGAGGUCAAGAGCAUAGCGGUCACCAAGAAGGGUGUCUACUUUGCGUUCCGAGAUCAGGGCGCGUGCAUCAGCGUGCUGGCCGUGAAGGUGUACUACAUCACCUGUCCGGCGGUGACGAUUAACUUCGCUCACUUCAACGAAACGCCGACGGGGCGGGAGAUCACCAUCAUCGAGCAGCAGACGGGAAUCUGCGUGGAGAACGCCGAAGCGUACGAAACGCCGACCUACCUCUGCAAGGGAGACGGCAAGUGGACGAUCCUGAGCGGCGGAUGUCGCUGCAAGGUCGGCUACGAGCCCGAUCACGACAAGCAGACCUGCAACGUCUGCCCGGUUGGGAAGUUCCGUUCGGCCGAGGUCGACUCCUGUACGAUCUGCCCGCUGAACUCGAAGACCAACAAGGUGGGGUCACCUUUCUGCCCCUGCUUGAGCGGGCACUAUCGGCACCCGCGGGAUGGGAAGCACAUGCCGUGCUACAAACCGCCGGGACCUCCGACGAAUCUGACGCUGCUGUUCAUCGAUCAGACCAGCGCCAUCCUGUCGUGGAAUGCGCCGCAGCGGGCGAUAGACGAACAGGUAAGGGUCGACACCAAGUACCGCAGUGACAUCGUCUUCCGGAUAAAGUGCUCGGCGUGCACUUCGAAUGUGGUGUUCAACCCGUCCUCGGAAACCUUCAACGAUACGAAGCUGACGCUGACGAAUUUGGAACCGGUGACUGCGUACACGGUCCAAAUUCACUCCCAGCAUGGAGUGUCGUAUCUGAUCAAUCCGGACGGAGCCGGUGUCGGAGCGGGAGGGUACGACAAUAGUAGUAGUUCUGGAUUCAACAAUCACUAUCAUCACGUGACGGAACCGCCGAAUCUGGGCCGGUCGUCCGAUUUGGACGACAUCAAGACGGAGUAUGCGGAGAUUAGUUUUACGACCGAGUCGGCGAUACUCAGUACGGUGUUUAAUGUCAAAGUGAUCUCCAUCACCAACAAGGAAGUCGAUCUGGUGUGGGACAAACCCAUGCACAGCGACUCGCCGAUCGAGUACUACGAGGUCCGGUGGUUCCCCAAAUCCGAAGUGGACGCCAUGAACAAAUCGGUGCUGAGCACCAAAGAGUCAAAAAUUCACAUCAGCGAUCUGCAGGAAAACACCGAGUACGGGUUUCAGGUGCGCUGCAAAACGCUGAACGGGUGGGGCACGUUCAGUAAUAUCAUGUACGCCCAGACGCACCAGAGCGUUAGUCCAGUGUAUGACGACUCCUUCCAAAUGCGAAUUGUUGCUGGUUCAACAGUUGCAGUCGUCUUUAUCUUAGUAUUAGUGAUCGUCGUCACCGUCCUGUUCCUGCGCUCCAAGAGCCACGAUGACAUCGACAAGAAAACCAACAAUCAUCUCCCGCUGCCGUUGGAUUACGCCAGCAAUGAAGUUCACGCGAUGGACACGACGCCGAUCGUGAAAACGAUGAAAAACAAUGGUGGUUCUUACGGGUAUUACCGACAACGUCGUACCAAUUUUGCAGUGACCACACCGCUGUUCGGCACCAGCAGAAGCUACGUCGACCCGCACACGUACGAGGACCCCAACCAGGCGAUCCGCGAGUUUGCCCGGGAGAUCGAUGCCAGCUACAUCACGAUCGAGGCCAUCAUUGGUGGCGGCGAAUUCGGCGAUGUAUGCCGAGGGCGCCUGAAAAUCCCACCGAACUUCGUCCAAGAGAUCGACGUCGCCAUCAAGACGCUCAAGCCGGGCUCCUCGGAGAAGGCCCGCUGUGACUUCCUCACCGAGGCGUCCAUCAUGGGUCAGUUCGACCAUCCGAAUGUGAUCUACCUGCAGGGGGUGGUGACGCGAUCGAAUCCGGUCAUGAUCAUCACCGAAUACAUGGAGAACGGCAGCCUGGACACGUUCCUCCGGGCCAACGACGGCAAGUUCCAGACGCUGCAGCUGAUCGGGAUGCUGCGGGGGAUCGCCGCCGGCAUGUCCUACCUGAGCGACAUGAACUACGUCCAUCGGGACCUGGCGGCGCGGAACGUUCUAGUUAAUUCCUCACUAGUGUGUAAGAUUGCCGACUUCGGGCUGUCGCGGGAGAUCGAGAACGCGAGCGACGCGUACACGACGAGGGGCGGCAAAAUCCCGGUCCGCUGGACGGCCCCGGAAGCGAUAGCGUUCCGGAAGUUCACGUCCGCCUCGGACGUGUGGUCCUACGGUGUGGUGCUGUGGGAGGUGAUGUCGUACGGCGAGCGGCCGUACUGGAACUGGUCGAAUCAGGAUGUGAUAAAGAGCAUCGAGAAGGGCUACCGGCUGCCGGCCCCGAUGGACUGCCCGGAGGCGCUCUACCAGCUGAUGCUGGACUGCUGGCAGAAGCAGCGGACGCACAGGCCCACCUUUUCGAGCAUAACGCAAACGCUGGACAACCUGGCGAGGCAACCGCAGGUGCUGCUGACGACGCGGAACUCACCGGACAAUCCGGUGGCACGGAUGGGCAAUGACAUCAGUGACGACAUGCUGGCUGCCCAGCAGCGGAGUAUGCUCGGGGGGAUGGGAACGACCGAGCGGAUACUGAACAACAGCUCGGCCAGUGCCGGCGGUGUAGGGAGCAGCAUGACCAUGAGUGCGGCCGGCAUGGGAACGCUCGGAUCGACGGUCGGCGGGCUCAGCAAUACGGGAACCAUGUCCGGCACGGGAACGGCUGGGGCGGUUUUCAUCAGUACCGACCAGUGGCUGGAGAGCAUCAAGAUGGCGAGGUAUUCGCAGCAUUUUAAGGAAGCUGGAUUGGUGACGGCCCAACAGAUAUCCCGGUUAACCGCUCAGCAGCUGUCCGACAUGGGCAUCACGCUGGUUGGCCAUCAGAAAAAGAUUCUACACCAAGCGCGACAGAUAGAUACCAUAAUUUAAGCGAUCGGAACCGAUCGCACACAAACCCAUUCAUUCCACAUACACACACAAACUCAUACAAAAAAAAAAAACGAACGCGGACAUUCUUUUUCCUCCCUUGAUCUAACUGAGAGUAGCAGUGGCGGGGCGCGGUAGGCCCCAAGCCCAAGAGAGGAACUCAGAGGACAGAGACUGCCCCCGACAUCACAAUCUACCGCGGGAAACCUACCAACAUACCUACCUACCGAGAUCCUAGUUGGGAUCUAGUUUGAAACCGGCAACGAUCCCAGUUCGAAAUAAAAACAACCCCCGCAUUUGUUUCAGUGUGUAUUUAUAUAUAGUUUUAACCCGUCGUCGUAGUAGGCUCAAACUCGUCGUAAGUUCAUUCCGUUCAUCCAUCACACAGCAGCGUCACAUUGUUUUAGGAAAGAGCAUGAAUAGCGAACGCGCGCACGCACGCACGCGUGAAAACCCAGUGCCACAAUACUGGCAGAAGAGGAGACUGCUUAGAGAAAAAAAAAACUUGUAAAAACAUGUUUAUAUAUCGUCUUUAGCACCUAGGAAGAAAGUUUGCGUUGAGAAAUGUUAUUGAGCAAUUCGGAAAGUUAGGUUAGGAUUUUUAUUUUUCUUUCCCCUCAAACUCGAAUGACAGAUGGUUGAGCGAUGGACAGUGUGCACGAAGAGAGAGAUUAAGAAGAAAAAAAAACGAUGCAUUUUUUACAAAUCACAGUAGGCAUUUGUAUCGCGACUCGAGUGAACUCUUUUUGCCCAGUGUAGAGCAGCUUUUUUUUUUAAACUUAAUUCCUGAAGUGAUAGUUACUUAAUAUAGAGACUCCUCGAUUGAUUCCGUUUCAUUUCCGGGGAAAAUUGCGACCGCGCAUGAGUAGAGAGACGAUUGGAGAGGAGAGGAAAUAAAACGGAUGGAAAUAUGUGAUUUUUUAUACAAAUAGCAAUAGGUAGAAAGUGAGUUACGGGAAAUGCGAGAGAGAGAGUUUGAAACACCGCAAUCAUCACACAACCACACACACACAACAAACUGAUAUUAUCGAUGAUAACUUAUUGUAUAGAGGGAAGAAAAGCAGAACGAAAAACAAUGAAUCGAGAGAGAAACGCUGACAGCAACUACAACGAUACGGGAUUACGUGAAAGACAGUGAGAAACAUUCUAGGAGCAUUUUGACGUAGGACUACGUCUUUGUUUUCGUUUUAGGUUUUUUGUUUGUUUUAAAACGAUGUAAGCGCCCCUUUGGCGUCGUACGACUGAGCGUUUCGAAAAGGACUGUGUAUAUUAGAAUUUUACCUUUUUUAUUUGGGUAUGAAGAAUGUAAUUUUUUGUUUAUUAUGCUUUUUUUGUGAGAAUCAGUCACUUACCUGUCCUACCCUUUCUUUUGUGAAUAUAUGUAAUUUCACUCUACUUUCCUUUUAUUUUAUUGCUAGUUAGUAAUGCUGUUUAUGCCUCUAAUUUAAUCACAAAAACCGAAAAGCAGAUGAUGGGUAAGCUUUAUUUUGUACAAUCUAGCGCCACUGCCCUUUGUUUGGUAAAUAAAUUGAACAGUGAGAUUAGAA